AUGUCGAACAAACGCCACUCAAUCCUGCCGGCGAUUGACAGGUCUGGCCCCAAGCCUCCGGUCAACUUCUCGUCCUCCCUCGUUAUUUCCGACAAUGCCAUUCUUCAAGGCACACACUCCAUCACUAUGCAGUCCGAAACUGUGAUUCAUCCUCGCUGCCGCUUCGAGUCCAAUGACGGUAGUGUUCUUAUCGGAAGACGCUGUAUCAUUCACGAGCGGGUUCACAUCGGGGCCCGACCCGAGAAUCCAGAAACCGCUGGAGCCGGAGGCGUCGCUGUUGGCGACUAUGUCCAGAUAGAGGUCGGGUCUAUUAUAGAGUCAGGCGGUACAGAAAUUGGCGAGGGCAGCUUGGUUCAGGUCGGAAGCAAAAUUGGCAGUGGCACAAAAAUUGGAUCGAACUGCACGAUAUCCCCCAUGUCCAUUAUUCCUCCCGGCACCACAUUACCCGACUAUACUGUGGUUUACUCCAACGGCACGCAACGAACAGACCGCCGCGAUGCAUCCGACUUGAGAAAACACGGCAUGUUGAAACAAAUAGCUGUUCUACGACACAUGAUACCGAGUAACCCAGACAAAUUCAAGUGA